AUGGAGACUCGCAAACGUGUCUCGAAUUUCGCCGUAAAAGAUAAACCGAGGGAAAUUUGUGAAGACAAAGAAUGUAUUCGCAACAGCAUCGAUCGUGGAAAAGUCAUCGUUGUGGUAUCACCGACAGAGACAAAACCGCUCGCUUCCAAUGAACAUUUGAAGAAUAAGAAGAUCAAUAAUAACAUGAGCUUCCUAGAUGUUAUCUCUUCUAUGCAUUCUCUCGAAGAGAAGAAUUUCGAUAACGAUGACGACGACGUCGACGACGACGAUAAGGAGAAUGUGAAGAUAAAGCGCAUUUCCAGUGAGUCGAAGCAAUCGUGUGGCAGUCGUGAGGUAGACAAGAUUUUUCCUCGACAACAGCAGCGGACGCAGGCAAAUCGAUCGCCGAAACGCAAAAGUACCAGUAUUCAGACGUUAUUAUGCAUCGAUAACAACAAAUUUGUCGAUGCGACGGCGGUUGGAGUUAAACGCAAGAUCCCAAGACCGGCAAACGCUUUUAUGCUGUUCGCCAAUGAGUGGCGGAGGAAACUAGCUGCGGAGAAUCCUCGGGAAUCCAAUAAGGACAUCAGUGUCAGGCUAGGCAUUUUCUGGAAAAACAUGUCAAAGGAUGUGAAGGAAAAAUAUUUUGCACUGGCGCGUGAAGUAGACAGGGAGCAUAAGAGAAAGUAUCCUGGUAUGUAUCCUGUAACCUACAGUUCUUUUCAAUGUGGUCAUUUACACGUCGCAAAUGACGACGACGACGAUGACGGCCAUGGCGACAGCAGCGGUGGUGACGAGGACAAGCGUGAACGAUCCUCGCGGGGGCGGUAA